UGCUGGAAUUUCAGCAGUCGCUUUUCUUUGAGGGUGCAACGUUUUGAUGUCGACUGUGAUCGAAUAUCAGAAUGUCAUCCCCUAUAGCAUUGAUAUCUCUGCCGUGUCCCCCAUCUGCUCUGUCCCCAGGAGUGCGGCGGUUGUUGUGUGAGGGCGAGGCAGCCAUUUCAGGAGGCCCCGAGUCUGUGAAGGCGGGUGUUUUAAACUGGGAUCACAUACACAAGAUACUGCCUGAGUGGGUGAAUGACACAAGCCAGUACUUUCAUGAGGCUGCCUCCAGACUGGUGCCUGUGUUCCUGCAGUGUGAGGAGUUGUUGUGUGGUAUGACCAGUAGGGAGUUUGCACAGAGAUAUGACCAUCUCCUUCAAUGGACUGGGAAUUCACAGCUCUUCCUCGAGUGUUUCCAGUACCUCAGUCAGGGCAGUGACAGUGACCGCCUGCUUGCUCUGCUUAUGAUGGCAUCAGCAUUAGAGAGGGCACUAGGAGAUGUGUUCCUGCUGAAGGGCCAGCAGUGUCCAUCAAUGCUGAAGGAUCUCCUUGUGACCCCUGAACUGCAGGACAUCUUUGGGGAAAUUGUUAUUCAGAUUCUGAGGGUGGUGAUAGGACCACCCAUCUCCCUCAACAUCAGGAACGUGGCAUGGCAUGGAUUCCCAGCACCAGGGGAGAUUCAGGACAGGUUGUGCUGGUUCCUGCUUCUCCUUGUCCCAAGUCUUGGGGAGCGUCUACAGCAGAACGGGGUGGAUCCUCUCAACAUCAUGCACAGGACACCUGUCAUAGUCAACCAGGACCAACUUCUAGCUGGCUCUCUCCCAGCACUUAGCACAGAUGACCUCAUCUCUAUAGAGCAGUUAUUCACCAGCACAGACUUUGUCCAGCAACAGUUUGUUCCUGUGUGGCACAGAUCACUGGAUCUCUACAGGGAGGCCAGAUAUGGACAAAGCCUUGUCCUCCUUCUCCCCCAGGUGGAACACAGCCUCAGGCGAGUGUUUGCUGCCAUCAAUGGCUGCCCAGACAGGGUCCUUACAGCAGAGGCCACCACCCUGUAUACAACUUUUGAUGAGAUAUUGGACAAGUACCUCCCGUCUCAAGCUGAAAAUGGACUGCUAAAUGUGAUAGGGGAAAACAGCAUGGAUCUUUUGUUUGAUCUUCUGGUCUACCCUGAUGGUCCGAGGUUGCGAGACAGACUCAGUCAUGGGGAGAUAACUCUUGACACCUUACCUCAAGCACUGGCCGAUGCUGUGAUUCAUCUGACAGUACACUUGUCAGCUCUUUUGUUCCGCGCAAGAAAAGUGAUAUAUGAUCCCCAUAUAGCCAGCAUACAGAGAAGAGUCUCCCAGUAUCAGUCAAUAUUUCAUCCAAUACCAAUGGCUAAAACAAAGGUGUUGGAUCUGGUGGCUCUGUCAGGUGUGAUGGUCACCUGGAUUGGUCACUCCCCUCUCCUGGAGCCAUGGACAACAGCAGAUGGGGUGGAUGUGUUUGUGACAGACAAUGUCCGAUUGGCAGAGGUUCUGACCAAUGUCCAGCGGGUAGCUGAGGGUCUGAACCGGUCCAGUCUAUCUGUGCACCUCCUUUCAAAUGACAUGAUGAGCUGCGUGACCCCCUUCACGGAUGCAGGAAGUCUGGUACAGCACAUCCUCCUCUCCCCCAUCUCCACAGUGUACCGGGGACAGACGGCCACAAACCAGAAUUCUCAGGCCAAUCAAGAUGGACAAGGAAAGUCGGUUGAUAUAAAGGAAAGUGAGAUCGUUGGACUUAUUUCUAGGAUAAUCACAGAAAAACAGGAAGUGAUAUCACAAAUCAAGGUUGCUAUGGAAACACGACAACAGCAAUUAACUCGGAAACAAUUACGAUCACGACAAAGAGACAACUUGAAAAGAUUGCUUGAAAGCCUACCAAGUCUUCAUGUGAUGGCCAAUGUAUUGUGCAUCAUGGCUGCCUGUCUGUUGGCUCAUCUUGAUCAACUCAGCAUCCUCGAGCAAACACAGAUGAAGAAAUUGCAAAAGUUCCUCAAAGCCUGCCUCCAGUACACAGAGAACCUAAGGACCUUCACUGGAUUAGACAGGAACAAGUGGGCUGAGUGUACAGACCUCACCAUCAAGUUCCUGCCUCGUCUUGUCACUGCAGUCAACGAGAACAUGUUCCUCGGGCCACGUAGCACACCGUCCACAGCUGUGUUCCAGUCAACAUGAAGAUGAAUGCAGCCCCCUCAAGAUGUGACGGAAGAGGACCAUGUUUGAUGAGAGACAAGACCAUUGAAGCUAUGACCCAUCAACUUUAGUUUGCUUCUUCUUGAGGAACAGUUGUCAGCAAGCACUACC